CUCCGGCGAAAAGAGCCGCAGCUGCAGCAUGCACGUCGUAAUGCUGCUAGCUAGCUAGCUCCGAGCUUGCGGCCAGGGGGUGGGGGCGGCGGGCGCGGAGAGAGAAGCUGUUUUUUCCAUUGCAGAGUGUGCGUUUGUGGGCGUCGUGCAGAGCGUUCUCGCCCGGUCCUGCAACCGAGAAGCGUAUCAAAUGGUGCUCUGGGGAUCUAUUUCUGGAAGAUCCACGCCCGCGAAUCAACGUCGUCACUAGUCUCACUCACAUUCGCGGCCGCGGGCUCAUAUUGGAGCCUGUGCUCGUUUGCAUGAUUGCAUGUGUGUCCGAGAUGUUCUUGCCUUGGAUGCGAUCGCGGCCUGUGGCUGGCGGACCAUGUGGACCAAGACUGGACUCUGAUGAAUGAUGUGAGAUAAUCAUGGUCAAGCUCCCAGUGCCAUCCGAGAAGGGCCAGGAGAGAGAGGGGAGAGAGGUGGCGCCGUGUCAUGGGCCCUCUGUUGUCGGGCCGCAACAGAUGCCGAAACUGCAGGCCAGGCCCGCAGCUGCGAGUAUAUGACAAUUGUGAAUCAUAUGGGUCCCAAACAGAGAGAGAGAGAAGCCAAAGCGAGCAACUUCCAAUCGGCUCCUUAUAACCUCCCUGGGAUCUCCCGAAGCCUGACAGUAAUCGAGUCAACAACUUCUCGGUGGUCUGAACUCAUGACGGUUUCAGACGUUCGUGGAUGACGAAUUGCUGAAGCUGAGAUUCAUUUUUUAGCCAAAGCAGUGAUAUCCGUCAACAUUCAAGCGAUCAUGGCAUCCAGGAGGCAGGCAGUUGCAUCAUGUGCCUUCGGACUUUUGAUGCUGGCACUAGCUUGCAAUGCAGAUUUGACUGAUGACUUCUAUGCGCUAAGUUGCCCCAAUGUGACUACCAUCGUUCGAGAUCUGGUGACGACCCAAGUUGCAGCGGAUGUGGGAAUUGCUGCAGGGCUCUUACGUCUCCAUUUCCACGAUUGCUUCGUCAUGGGCUGCGAUGGAUCUGUUCUCCUCAAUGCAACUUCCACCUUAGAGGAAUCCGAAAGAGAUUCCCCACCGAAUGCCAAUUCUCUGCGGGGUUUCGAGCAGGUUGAUGAAAUCAAGGCUGCUCUUGAACAGCAAUGCCCCGGAAUGGUUUCCUGCGCCGACAUUCUGGCUCUGGCAGCUCGUGACGCUACCGAACUGACUGGAGGACCUACAUGGCCUGUUCCUUUGGGCCGCAGGGAUGGAUACAUCUCGUCCUCAGAAGAGGCUCAGAAGAAGCUACCACCCUCUGAUGGAAGCUUCAUCGAUCUGGUCAGAAAUUUUGCUAAUGUUGGCCUCGAUGCCCUCGACAUGGUCAUCCUAUCCGGUGCCCACACACUAGGACGCGGACGUUGCGUGAAAGUGUGGGACCGUCUGUACAAUUUUACCGGAGUUCCCGACCUCACGGAUCCAUCCAUGGAUCCGACCUUCGCCGACGACCUGAAGGUGAAAUGCCCCAAGGACAACACGGGCACGUUCAUUAUGAUGGACACCACCGACGGAGUGUUCGACAACGUGUACUACCAGGACGUGGGAAGCAAGAGAGGAUUGUUCGAAUCCGAUUCGGCACUCCUCGAGAACCCCAUCGGCUCGAACCUCGUGACAUCUAUUUCCACCAACCAGAGCUCCUUCUUCGACGCCUUCGCCCUGUCGAUGGUGAAGAUGGGCAAAAUCGAUCUGAAACUCGGAACUCAAGGAGAGGUUCGUCGGAAGUGUGCCGUCACCAACCCAUCCAGACACCCGAGGGCAUUUUCAGCCUGAAGUUGAGACCACCACGAGAUGAUCCACUUCAUAGGCUAUCAUCAUCAUCAUUGUUUCUUUUAGAAAUUCUUUUAGGAAGGAAAUUUCCUAGGCACUUAGUAACAGUAAUCUCACUAGUCCUGAAACUCUGUCUGGUCCGAGCAGAUGCUCAAUCGACCUCGGUCUUUUUUACACAUCAGUAUACAUACAUAGAGCUUCAUCAAGCUGCUGCUGCUACUGCUGCUAGUUAGGAAGGUCUGUUGUUCAUGGCUUUGCGAACUCUUCUGCAAGUGGAGUUGAGAAAGCUUCUGGAGUACAUAGUACGACGUCUAUGCCUUCACAUGAACCAGGCCAUCGCGACUACUUAUCAUAUGGCCUCCGCAUGCAUGUUUUUAUAUGUGCGGUCCAUUUCAGAAACUAAAUACAUCAGUGUACUGUUAAAAGAAGUGAAGAGAUAUUUAAUACAUGAAUACACAUUCAUGAGAUUCUAUCGUCUCUCUGCACAGCUAUAUGAUGCUC